GGCUCCGCCGGCCGCCGAGGACGGAGCCACGGCUCGGGCAGCGCUUCCCGCACCGCCGGCCCCCGGGUCAAGUCAACAGCCCAAACAUGUCUCUGGACGAGUUAAAGUACGUCAGUAUUCUUGCUGGAUCAAUCCCUCUCGGAAUAUGCAUGAAGCAGACAGGGAAGCUGGCAAGAGAAGUCGGCGCCUCGGUGAUCGGAUUCACCAUCGUCGCGGCCACGUGCGGCUUCCACACCUUCCACUCGAUGCUUUGUAUCCUCGUCACCUGGGCUAUCAUCAGGUUCUGCACCAGGCACUGCUACAACCUGACCCUGGCCUGGAUGUUCUCCUACCUCCUCUUCUUCCGGAUGCUGGGCUACCUGCAUCUGCCCAGCCCCACGCCCUUCGCCAACGCUGUGCAGCUGCUGCUGACCCUGAAGAUGGUGAGUCUGGCUGCUGAGCUGAACCCGGUCUACCUGGAGGCCCUGAGCAGGGCGAAGCCCGGCCCCACCGACAGGCACCCGCUGGCUCGGGUGAUGCCGGGGCUGAGGGAGAUCUUGUGUUACAGCUACUGCUACCUGGGCAUCAUGACAGGCCCUUUCUACCGCUACCGGACGUACCAGGACUGGGUGCAACACUCGCAGCUGCCGCAGGUCCCCAGCUGGAAGCCACUGCUGCACCGGCUGCGGCUGGUGCCCUUCUACGGGGCAGCCUUCCUGCUGGUGAGCCGCCUGUGCCCGCUGGAGUUCGUCCGCACGGCUGACUUCGCCCAGUGCGGCUUCCUCUACUGCCUGCUCUACACCGCUGCCAUCUUCUUCGUCUUCCGCAUGCGCUUCUACGUGGCCUGGACCUUCGCCGAGAGCGCCUGCAUCGCCGCCGGCUUCGGAGCGUACCCCGUCACUGCACAGUCCCGCCCCGGCAACGGCCCCACCAACACCACCUACAAGUCCAGCGAGUGGCAUGAGUACGACUACGAGACGAUCCGGAACAUCGAUCCCUACAACACAGACUUCUGCAGCAGCGUGAAGGACGGCAUGAAGUACUGGAACAUGACGGUGCAGUGGUGGCUGGCCAGUUACAUUUACCGCCACGCUCCCAUGAAGCCCAGGCUGCUGAGGGUCGGGUGGACGAUGCUUGUCAGCGCCUUCUGGCACGGGCUGCACCCGGGCUACUACCUGAGCUUCCUGACCAUCCCGGUGUGCCUGGCGGCGGAGGGGGUGAUGGAGACAGGGGUACGGCAACGGCUGGGCCCCCGCCCGCGGCUGGCCUACGACUGGCUGCACUGGUUCUGGAAGAUGCGGGCCUACGACUACAUGUGCGCUGGCUUCGUGCUGCUGACCCUGCCCGACACCCUGGCCCACUGGCGCCGGCUCUACUUCUACAUGCACCUGCUCUCCCUUGCCCUCUUCAUCCUGGGCUACCUCGCCUCGCCCCAGGGGCGCCGUCCACGGUCAGGGCCCGACCGCCGGCCGCCCCGGCCUCCCUCCGCUCCUCCCCUGCCCUUCACCCCGCCGCCGGCUCCCUCCCAGUCCCACCCGCCUCCCUCCCCCACCUCCCGCCAGCCUCCCCCUCCCUCCCCCUCCUCCCGCACCAAGGGUUCAGAGCAGGAGGAGCACUCCCGGGGCUCGGGGAUCCGCCGCCGGAGCUCCCGGGGCGAUCGCAGCCCCUCACCGGGACCGACGCGACCCAGGAGCCGGUCAAGGUCAAAGGAGAAAUAAACGGGAGGGUUCGGUUUCUCGCCGGAGUCCGAUCUCCUUUGUUGGGGGAGGGGGGUGUGGUUGGGGACCAAAAAUUCAGUGCCACGGCUCUCCCAUGGGGAGGGGACGGUUGGCAGGGCGCACUUACUGGUGUUGGCAGUCCGUCCCUGUUAUCCCCUCCCCCUGCCCCACCAGCGCACUUCCUGUUGGUGAGGCACCGCCCACUUCUGGCUGUGAAAGCCCCGCCCCUUUCCCAGCCAGCCUGGCCCACUUCCUGUCGCCGGGGCUCCGCCCCUUUACCUCGAGCCCCUCCCACCCACCUGCAGAAGCCCUGCCCCUUAACCCCUAGCCCCACCCACUCUCCCCAUAGAAGCCCCACCCCUUUACCACUAGCCCUGCCCACUUCCAUAGAAGCCCCGCCCCUUUACUGCCAGCCCCGCCCACCCGUCGAUGUGUUCGCCCCUUAAUUCCUACCCCCGUCCACUUCCAUGGAUGGGUCCACCCUUUUAGCCCCACCCCUCCCUCACCUGGAGCCACCGAUCACCCCCAUCCCCACCACCCCACUAUACCACCCAUCUCCCUCCUCUCCAGCCCAGGUGAAGGGUCUCGACCUGAACGUCCACUGUCUGACUGCCCCACCCCCCCACAGAUGCUGCCUGACCUGCUGAGUUCCCCCAGCACUGUGUGUUACCCCCCCACGCACCCCCUGCCCCGGCUCUCUCCCACAUCCCGCCACUGCACCCCGAAGGAAGGCUGCGCCAAGGCCUUCUGCAGUGGAAUAUCCCCUGACGGUAUCCCCAGCGGGGUUGGGAGACCCCUUAAAGUGGGCCUGUCCUCCAGCUCAAGCUGUGGGACCCACCUUGUUAAAGCAGUUUACUCCUCUGCCCUGAAAGUUAGCUUUAGUGCUCACAUCUGUUUACAAGUGCCAUUGAUCACUGCCUCAUGACUCCUGGGUUGGAGAGAGAGAGGGGGAAUCAGCCGGGGUCCCUGCUCCCCAUCACUGCCCAGUGACCCCUGGGUUAGAGGGGGGGGGGGAAUCAGCCGGGGCCCCUGCUCCCCAUCACUGCCCAGUGACCCCUGGGUUAGAGAGAGAGAGGGAAUCAGCCAGGGUCCCUGCUCCCCAUCACUGCCCAGUGACCCCUGGGUUAGAGAGAGAGGGGGAAUCAGCCAGGGUCCCUGCUCCCCAUCACUGCCCAGUGACCCCUGGGUUAGAGAGAGAGGGGGAAUCAGCCAGGGUCCCUGCUCCCCAUCACUGCCCAGUGACCCCUGGGUUAGAGAGAGGGGGGGGAAUCAGCCGGGGCCCCUGCUCCCCAUCACUGCCCAGUGACCCCUGGGUUAGAGAGAGAGAGGGAAUCAGCUGAGGUUCUACUACAACGUUUCAACACAGGAGUCAUGCGUAUUGUUGAGUGUUACUCUGUGUGUGUGUGUGUGUGUGUGAGUGAGAGACCCCUUGUCAAUCUACAGCCAGUGCCCCAGUAACUGUGAUCUGUGUGAUGCUCUUUCUGCCUGUGCUUUCUGUCUGUGUGUAAGACGCACCACACCUGAACAGUCGACUCUGCCUGUGCAUUGCCUCUGUGUAAUACUGUAUCUGCACAGCAGUUCUCCUGCUCAUGUCUCACUCUGCCCCUGACAACUGUCUCCCAACCUGCUUGUGUGUCUGACACCUCGUCGGCACGUCAAUCUCGCGUGUGUCAGCUUCCUGUGCGUGACACUGUGUCUGUCCAGCUGCCUCUGUGCCUGUACACGCCCUGUGUGUGUGAGACACCCUGUGUCAGUACAGCCGGUUCUCUGCCUGUGCAUCACCUGGGCAUGCGUGUGACACUGCACCUCUGCCUGUCUGACCUCAGUCUCUAUGCCUGCGUGUGUUUGUGUGUGUGUAAGACACACAGCACUUGUACAGUUGACUCUGCCUGUGCACUGCCUGUGUGUGUGUGAGACACACACACCCCAUACAUGUACAGUCGACUCUGCCUGUGUACUGCCUGUCUGUAAGACACUGCACGUGUACAGUCGACUCCUCUCGUGCAUUGCCUGUCUGUGUGUAAGACACACCACACCUGUACAGUCGAUUCUUCCUGUGCAUUGCCUCUGUAACACCGUAUCUGCACAGCAGUUCCUCUGCCUGUGUGUGUAACCGUGCUUCUGCACAGUACUCUCUGCCUGUGCAUUGCCAGUGUGUGUGUGUGUGAGAGACACACCGCACCUGUACAGUCGACUUGGGCUGUGCGUUGCCUCUGUGUGUGUGUGUGUGUAGUGCCGAAUCUAUGCAGCACUCUCUCCGCCUGUACGUCCGCAUUUCUUUAACACCUCAUCGGCACAGCCGUCUCUGCCUUUGCAUCGCCUGUGUGUGUGCAUGUGAGACGCACAGCGUCAGUACAGCUGACUCCACGACUGUACGCUUGCCGGUGAGUGUGUGUCACCGCGUCCGCAAGGAGGUCACGCUGCCCAUUUUGAUGCCUGUGUUCCGCACAAACCGCCUGUCUGUGUGUGUGUGUGAGAGAGAGAGAGACAGUCGCUCCACACCUGUACAUUGCAAGUUUCUGUCACUCACUUUUUGUACCUUUAUAUAAAAUACUGCAAUCAAGAAUAAAACAAGGCUGAGA